CCUACUGCACUGCCCCUGUCAGGGAGCACAGAGCACAGGAUGAGGCGUUCAGCACAAGCCCUGCAGCCCGCCUGCCUGGCGCCCGCCCGGAGGCUCCUGUUCCUGCUCUGGCUGGUGUCAAGGGCCGCCCAGGCCUGUCCUGCAGCCUGCACCUGCCAGGCCUUGGAGACGAUGGGGCUGAGAGUUGACUGCGAGGGACGGGGGCUUACAGCCCUGCCUGCCCUGCCAGCCCACACGCGACAGCUCCUGCUGGCCAACAACAGCCUGCGCUCGGUGCCCCCGGGUGCCUUUGACCACCUGCCGCAGCUGUGGCACCUGGACGCCACAGGGAACCCCUGGCACUGUGACUGCAGCCUCGCCUACCUGCAUCUCUGGCUGGAGGACCAUAUGCCCGAGGCCCUCAUGCAGCUCCGCUGCGCCAGUCCAGGCCAGGCUGCACACCGCCCGCUGGGCCGGCUGACAGGCUAUGAGCUGGGCAGCUGUGGCUGGCAGCUGCCGGCAUCCUGGGGCCACCCAAGGUUCUGGUGGGACCUGGCACUGGUGGCUGUGGCUGUGCUGGGCCUGGCUCUCCUCGCUGGGCUGCUGCGCUCUUGCAGAGAGCCUGUGACCCCGACUCCAAAGUGACCCAUGCCAGCAGACCGGGCCAGAGGAGCC